GUUUUUUUAAAUUUUAAUUUACAAUAUAAAUAGCGAUAUGCCGCGAAGCGUUUUCAAUCGUUUUAUUGUACAUAAAAACUCCAAAAACAAAAAACCCCCCAGAUCCCAAAAACAAAAGAAAGAAGAUUAAUCGAAACCUGAUUUUAUUGAUUGAUUCCACAAAAAUACAAUCAUCAAACUAAACUGGGUUUCAGGUUGAUUAAAUUAAUCAAUUAACUGUAGUCUUAGCUAUGGCGGAGGAGUUUCAGAGCAGUGGAAACUGGUGGGAAGCGGCUUCUAGAAUAUCCCCUUCUUCCUCCUCCAUCACCACCUUUGUCGACCACUCCGACUCCGCCGCCGCCGCCUCUGAUCCCAAUUUGCACAUCAUGGGUUUAGGCCUCGAUUGGAACCAACCCCUCUUGGGCGGCGGAGAAAAGGCGGCGGAGGGAAGUUUCCGGUCGAUGCUACAACCGGAUAAUAUGAAUUUAAAUAUGGAAGAAACAGGGCAGCAACAGCAACAGCAACAGCAAGAACAGCAACAGCAACAGAUUCAAUGGAUGAGAUCGGAGAAGCUAUAUUCGGGGGAAUCACCGGCGACGGAUUUCAAACCAAUAAACAGAGGAUUUUCAUUAGAUCAUCAUCAUCAUCAUCAUCAUCAUCAUCAUCAAGCUCAACCCCAGUUCAGUAGUCCUUCUCACUAUAGCUCAGGCGACAGCGCCGUCACCAGUUAUCCAAUCGACACAAACGCGAACUUGUACGGAAAUUCCGCAACAUUAUUACAAGGCUUAUUAGCUGCCGGCGGCGAACAACAACAACAACAGCAGCAGCAAAUCUCAAUGGGUAUGAACUUCCCUUACAAUUCCCAUUUCGGAAUGAACUCGGGGGAGUUAAUGACAGGAGGAGCGUCAUGGUCGCCGUCCAAAGUGCCUCCGUAUUUAAGAAACUCGCCGCCAAAAGCGGGAGCGGGGGGAAAUCCACAUAGUCAGUUACAAUUUUCGAAUAAUACGGCGUUUUGGAACGCGUCGGAUAUGAAAGAGGUUAGGCCGAGUUAUUUUGCGCCGUCGUAUAACGCCGCGGCGGGUUUUACCGAGAAAUCAAAGAAUAUAUCGGAAGUGGGUGAUUCGGUAACAACGAAAAAAAGUGGAAAUGAUAAUAAUCAGCAAUCAGCCGCUGCUAAAAGGCCCAGAAAUGAAACGCCUUCACCAUUGCCAGCUUUUAAGGUGAGGAAAGAGAAGAUGGGGGACAGAAUCACUGCGCUCCAACAACUGGUUUCACCUUUCGGAAAGACUGAUACAGCUUCAGUGCUUUCUGAAGCAAUUGAAUACAUAAAGUUUCUACAUGAACAAGUCAGUGUUUUGAGCACUCCAUAUUUGAAGAGUGGAGCUGUAGUACAGCAACAACACCAGCAGCAGAGAAAUGAGAAAUCAGUUAAGGAAGGAGAAGGAGGAAAGCAAGAUUUAAGAAGCAGAGGGCUUUGUUUAGUUCCAGUUUCAAGUACAUUUCCAGUCACUCAUGAAACCACAGUUGAUUUUUGGACUCCAACCUUCGGAGGAACCUUCAGAUAAAUAUAUAUCUACAUCUAUAUCCCCAUUAUUAUUCUUAUUAUAUAGUUAUAUUAUAAUAUAUAGUUUUUUAUAUAUAUAUACACACAUUAUGUGUGGAACUAGUACAUAUCUUAUCAAUACCCUAGAAACUUAAUUGGGGGAUGAUAAGAUCAGUGGUGGAAUUAAAAAAAAAAAAAAAAAAAAAUACCCCCACAUUACUGUACUAGUUUUAAGUUUUUUUCAACACAACAAUAUUGGAUGAGACAUUCAAGAAAUUCAAAAAAGAUAAAAAGACCACUCUGCCCCUCCCAUGGGAACUUCC